AUGGAAAACGAUAGUGUAUCAAAUUCAACCGGUAUAUCAACGGUAUAUUUUAUCACUUUUAUUUCGUUGUUAAUUGUGGAAAUUCCAUCAAUAUGUUGUACACUUUUAAUCAUGAUUUAUAUUUGUUGUCAUUGGCAAUUAACAAUCGUCAAGUCUCUUCAUCAUCAUGUGAUUUUUCUCCUAAUUCUCGUCUCUUUCUUCUAUGUUACGUUAGAUUUGCCAUUUACCAUCAGUACUUAUCGUCUUGGUUAUGAUUAUUUUCGUACGCCAUCGUUUUGUCUCUGGUGGUUUUGGGUUGAUUAUACGAUUUCAGCGAUGAGUUUAUUUCUCACAGCUACCGCGAGCAUUCAAAGACAUUUUCUCAUCUUCAAUUCACAUUGGUUUCGUAUAAAACGUACACGAUGGUUCGUUCAUUUUUUCCCGUUAAUCUUUUGCAUAACAUAUCCACCUUUAUGUUACAUUGCAUUGGUCUAUUUCUAUCCAUGUGAAACUGUUUUCCCAGAAGAAGAAACAACAUGUGCCGCUCCUUGUUACGGUCGCAUAAUUCUUAUAUUUAAUCUCGAUUGGGUAAUAAAUUGUAUAAUACCAAUAUUCAUUAUUGUUUUGUCAAAUAUUGUAUUGAUAUGUCGAAUUGUUUGUUCAAGACAAAGAGUUCGUCAACGACGUCAUUUCAGCAAGUGGAAAAAGCAAAAAAAGCUAUUUUUUCAACUACUUGGCCUUUCGAUGCUUUAUAUAUGUGGUUGGGGUCCGACGACGGUUCUAUCAAUGAUGAACACGUUUAUAAUGCCAGAUCUGUUCGAUAACAAUCCGGGAAUGAAUAGUAUUCAAUGUUUGGUUUAUUUCGUAUGUCCAUUGCAAACGUUUAUUUGUAUAUUCGCAAUGCCAGAACUUGUUCACUUUAUUAGAAUACGGAUUAUUCGACGGUUCAAAGUUGUUGCUAUUCAGUAA